UCCCUCGAGGUUGUUCAGUGUCGUCAGUUCGAUCCGGUCAGUGGGCCAUUCAGCAUGAACGAGCGGAAGGAUGAGACUCCGUCGAUAUACACGAUCGCCAGCAACACGAAUCUGGUCCCGAUAAGAUCCAGGCAAGCCUACCUCAAGAGACGAAGAUACGUGCCGAAUUGCGUGAUGAUUUGUUUGUGUUUGUUGGCAGCUCUCUGUUUCAUAGCAGCACUCACACUUUCCAUACUGUACUUCACACAUAAAUAUGCGAAGCUCUGCGAAACGCAGAAUUGUGUCCGUAUAGCGGCUAGCUUGAAAGAAAGUAUGGACACGUCUGUAGAUCCCUGUGACGAUUUUUAUAAAUAUGCUUGUGGAAAGUGGACUGAGGAGCAUCCUAUGCCGGACACCAGUAUAACGAACUCUUGGUUCGAAGAACGCAGAGAACGAGUGUACAGGAAAAUCAGGGAACUCCUGAGGGACAACAGUACUAGCAACAACGCUCCUUGGGCGGUGAAUCAGGCUAAAAUAUUAUACAACAGCUGCAUGGACGUGCAUGCCGCGGAUGAAAUGGGACUCACGCCACUGUUCGAGUUAUUGGAGGAGCUCAAUUUACCACCGAUACCGCCGGCGUUCACCAAGAAGACCAGCAGUUAUAUCGAACAGAUGGCCAGGGUGAAGAGAAUUCUGGGAAGGGAUGUCUUUUUCGGGUUUGACGUGAUUCCCGAUCCAAGGAAUACGAGCAAAAAUAUCAUGCUGCUCGACACACCCAUGAUAAGGAACCCCUUGCCCAACGAUAGAGAGCUGGAGAAACGGUUGCACUCGAUCCGAUCGCGUUUCCGGCAGCUGGAGGAGGAAGAGGAUGAAGAUGAACUGCACCACGAAGAGUCGGACAAAUAUAAGGAAGCAGAAAUAACGUACAUAAGCGGCGUGAUCAAGCAGGUCCUGAAUAACGGUAGCUUGGACGCCUGUUCCUUGAUCGACGAUCUCCAGUUUCCGGACGAAGACGAUCUACAGGACGUCGCGGAGACUCUUUACGAGCUGACUAAUGCUUUUUAUUUCUUAUCUCGUUUGGAAAGCAAUCAGACCAUAUGGGAAGACGAUCCAACAGAAGCUGACUAUAUGUCAGUGGAUGAACUUCAGAAGCUGACGGACGCGUACGCGAUGGAAACGAAUUCGAGUGUCACACCUGAGCCAUUAUGGCGACCAUAUAUUGAGAUGGUUUUUAAGGAUGUCGAUACCGUGGACUUGGAUGGCAAGGACAAGAUACUGGUGGCGGAUCUGGAGUACUUGAAGCUCAUUGCUUUCAUGUUGACUACCACUGAUGAAGAAGAAUUAGAGACUUACAUUUGGUGGACAGUGAUCGACAUCGUGGUACCCCAUUCGUCGGAGAGUCUGAGGAAGCUCUGGCUGAAGUACAUCGACGAAGUAACCAGCGUCGAGAUCGGUGAAUCGAAGUCGAUUCGCUGCGCGGCUGCAGUUAACGAGUUGAUGGGGAUGGCGGUCUCCUGGCUGUACGUGGACCCGUCCUUCCACGAAGCGGAGGGCAAAAAGGUGUUCGAGAUGCUGGAUGACAUAAAGGAAGCUUUCGCCUCGAUGGUUUCCCGUACCGACUGGAUGGACGGGAAGACAAAAACGGCCACGCUCGAGAAGAAUAGGAAGAUGGACUCGCAGAUCGGCUUCCCGGACUGGCUGUUCGAUGAAGAUGUCCUUAACGAAUAUUACGAAGGCAUAGACCUCUCGGAGACGGAGUACUUGGACAACAUGGUCCAGAUUGUUCGUCUGAUGUCUGUCUCGGAGUUGGAGUGUAUUCAUCAAGUUAAUUACAAUAAUCUCUCAUACUGGGCAACUGAUCCGACGGAUGUGAAUGCGUUUCAUACGUAUCAGUUCAACCACAUAACUAUACCAGCUGGAAUACUUCAAUUCCCAUUUUAUGAAUUGGGUCUCGAAGCCUUAAACUACGGCGCUAUUGGUACGGUGCUCGGCCACGAAUUAACGCACGGUUUCGACAACAGCGGCAGACACUACGACAGCAAUGGAAACGUUAGACAGUGGUGGACCAACGAGACCAUUUCCGAGUACACUGAAAAGACCCAGUGUUUCAUAGAACACUACAAUAGCUAUUACUACGAAGAGGUAGACGAUUACAUCGACGGUGAACGAACGCUGGGCGAGAAUAUAGCGGAUAAUGGUGGCCUUAGGGAGGCUGUCAUCGCUUACGAAAGAUGGAAGGCCAGACACGGUCAAGAGCCUUUGCUUCCGGGAUUCACUCACCUCACUCACGAGCAGCUCGUUUUCCUCGGUUUCGCGCACGUUUGGUGUGAAGCUUACACGCAGAAGGCUUUAAAAUGGAUGCUGGAUGAUUCACAUUGCCCGGGGCGCGUGAGGCUUCAGGGGGUUCUGAAAAAUUCCAAAGAGUUCAGCGAUGCUUGGAAAUGUCCUGUGGGAUCGAACAUGAAUCCACAGAACAAGUGCCGUUUAUGGUAA